UUAGAGUUAAGGGUCACCGUGGAAACGGCUUCCUUCGUGACAAAUAGACACUUCCGCCGCUCUCCACCCUCAGGUUAUAGGCUUGGGGGUUUUCUGCACCCCCUCCUGGUGUGACUUUUACUCACCCCUGUCCCUUACUGUCAUACACUAUUCUGGCUUUCCUGGAGGGGUUGGGUAGGAAGUGUCUUUAGGAUAGUCAGGGCCGGAGCACAUGCCAACUAGAAAAAACAUCAUUGACUGUCCUCUGUCCCCUCUCCAUUCACCACCCCCAUCCCCCGUGCGCCUCCGCUUUAAAGACAAGGUGUAUUAGUGCUUUUCUCCUUGUUGCUGUGGUCAUAUAUACCUGACAAAAGCAACUAAAAGAAGGAAAGGUCUGUUUAUUUGUCCAUUGACAAAUGGUGGCAGCUGGCACUGCAUCCACAGUCAAAUGCUGGCGCUCAGAUCACUUCAUUCUUUUUAUUCAGCCUUAGGGUGGCGAUGCCCAUAUUGAGAAUGGGGCUUCCCUCUCUGGAAAUCCAGAGACGUGUUUUCAUGGUGAUUCUAACUCUAGGUAGUGAAGACGAGCCAUCAUACGGGGUCCCACUGUGGUUUAGGCAGUCCUGGAACUCACCCGGGCCGGGCACUUUCUGUCAUCUUACUGCCUCAGCCUCUGGAGUGCUGGGGCUACAGGACUGCGUCAUGGAGGCGCGUUUCACACGCGGGAAGUCGGCGCUGCUAGAGCGCGCACUGGUGAGGCCCCGCACCGAGGUGAGCCUGAGCGCCUUUGCCCUCCUCUUCUCCGAGCUGGUGCAGCACUGUCAGAGCCGCGUUUUCUCUGUGGCUGAGCUUCAGGCACGCUUGGCUGCCCUGGGCCGCCAGGUGGGCGCCCGAGUCCUAGAUGCCCUGGUGGCCCGUGAGAAGGGUGCCCGGCGUGAGACCAAGGUGCUGGGUGCACUGCUGUUCGUCAAGGGUGCGGUGUGGAAGGCACUGUUCGGCAAGGAGGCGGACAAGCUGGAGCAGGCCAAUGAUGACGCCCGCACUUUCUACAUCAUUGAGAGGGAGCCUCUCAUUAACACCUACAUCUCUGUGCCCAAGGAGAACAGCACACUGAACUGUGCCAGCUUCACAGCGGGCAUCGUGGAGGCUGUACUCACCCACAGCGGCUUCCCUGCCAAGGUUACGGCGCACUGGCAUAAGGGGACCACACUGAUGAUCAAGUUUGAAGAGGCUGUUAUUGCCCGAGAUCGGGCCCUGGAGGGACGCUGACCCCUCAGGAGAUAAAGAUUGAGCAGAUCCCGUUCCCAAGCUUGUGUUGUGUCUUGUGUAGGGGCGACAGAUCUGCCCAGAGCCCGAUCCCGGUCCCGAGUCCCAGACUGAGGGAGACCGAAGGCAAGCUUGUCAGGCAUAAGUGAAGAGUAAGAAAGUGGACAAUGGGCUCACUUGGCUUCUGGCUUUCAGCUAAGGUUGGAGGCUUGGAUGUACUGGGGAGAUAGGGCACCUGUGGAAUUGUUGUUGGAGCCUGCAAUCUGGAGAGGUGGGGGUAGGGAUACGAGGUUAAGAGGGACCAGCAAACUGCCAGUGCUGUAGCCCAGUUUGUAGAGUGCCCAGGGUUUGAUUCCAUAUGCCACAUAAAAUGGGUGCAAAUUGUCUCAUCCCAGCACUAGGAAGGUAGAGGGAGAAAGAUCAUAAGUUGAAGGCCAUCCUCUGCUACUUAGCAAGUCUGAGACCAGAUCUGGCAGCACAGGACUCUUUUAAACAAAUGUGAGGCAGGGGUACACUUCUCUUGAAACUCAAUUUUCCUCAAAUCUCCAUUUGUUCUAAAAAACCUAAAAGUCAGAUAACAAAGGGGAGGGUGUGGCUGUGUGUCUAAACAAUAACUGGAGAGUGGACAUUGGCUACUCAAGUGGCUUGAGGACUGUCAGCGUCAGCACCAGCAUCCGUAUCAGAGUAAGCAUCAUUGACCCACCUGCAGGAUCACUGGCCCACCCCUAGACUUACUGGACCACAAGUUUGCAUUCCAGCCCCUUUCUCAGAGGUCUCCCUGGGACUCUUAUUUUGAGAAACAGUGCUUCAGGGCAUCGAAGUCACCUGAAGGACUUAAAAACUCAGGUGGUUUCAAGACAACAAAACCGUAGGUUUUACCCCUACAGUCAGAUUCUGCAGUUUUGGGGUGUGCUUAAGAAUUUGUUUCUGGUAUAUUCUGGAGAGCUGCUGGGUGCCCCAGGGAUCACAUUGAGAAUAGUGGCACACUAGCCUCUCAAAGGGAGAAGAGCUCAGAACCAUCGGGAAACUUAGGAGGGUUUUAAGGUUAAUAUUAAAACUUUAUCCUGAGACAGGUUUCCGUCCACACAGGCUGGCUUCAGCCUUGCUGUAUAUUAAGGCUGACUGAAUUCCCAGCCCUUCUGACUCGACAGGAGGUUGAGUAUUUAAUGGCUCAUUACAUUUACUAUUUUAAGCAGUCUGAAUUAUGUUUUCCUGGCUGACCUGGAACUCACUGUAUAGACUAGGCUGGCCUCACACUCAGAGGUCUACCUCCCUAGUGCUGAGAUUAAAGUUGACCACCACCA